AUGGUUGCGACCCGACUGACACUGCUGUCAUUGGCAGCCGUAUCAAGUUGCAUGUUUGGAGUUUUCCGUGGAGAGUCACGACCAGGCCGCAUUGACAGGAGGUUAAACAGUUCAGGAGAAGAGAAUUCCGCAGACACUGCUGCUUCUAGCAAUGGCACGCCUUUCAGCGAGGAUGUGGUUUCACCGUCCGCAACGGCAGCCCAAGCAGCAGUGCCGAUUCCAUCACUUGUAGCGUCAGGCAAUACUGUUGUAUCGAUAUCGUUGGAACCUGCGGCAUCGACGACUUACCCGCCUUCCACAUCGUCGACAUCAUUGGCCCUGGAGCACCUUGACCCGGCAGUGGUGAUCACAGACGGUAAAGUUCAUAUCACUGAUUUCGAAAGGGCAACGGAGACGACAUUGCUUGCCCAACCCACUGUACCCGCUGCUCCAGCAGCUCCCUUCUCACCUGGUGAGGCUGCAGUCAUCAGCACAGUCAGUAUCGGAUCGGACUGGACCUCGGGUCUGGAUGUUGGGGUUGUAGAGCCGCCAGCUACAUCCUCUGUCAAGGCUGCGGCAGGCAACGUAAAGAAGCCACCAGCACUACCGUCAAAGCCGUACCUAGCCAACAGCACCGUAACGACAUCCAAGAACAUGUCGCGAACUAUCAGCUCUACCACAGACUAUUGGACGCUCCCAACUGAGCUUCCGGUCGAUUUCACGCUUCCAGGUCUGACGUUACCUCCAUUGACUCUUCCAACUAUUUCAUUUGGAAGCUGGGUUACAAUCAUGCCGACUACGACCACCAAGCCCGUGACUGCUGCACCCACUGCUCCACCUGGAAGCGGCAUCAGCUAUUGUCAAGCUUCGGAUUUGGAGAAGCCCACAACAUCAUACUCGAUAGUUUACUCGACUACCAUCACUUGGACUGGGGACCCAAACGAAUACACGGCGCCUUUCCCACCGCUCAUCACGCCCAAACCAUCCUGUGUACAGAUGACUCAAGCCCCCGCUCAGCCAAUACGUUAUACCUUGUCACGGUGCAAUGGUACCGACACUGAGACCGAAUAUCGGACGUGCGAGUUUUCGACGACAACCGUCUACGAUGUUGUCACCGGUCGCCCCGCGCCUUCUACCGCCACCGGGGGAAACAAGGCGAAGGGAACCACGACGGUCCUGGUCACCGACAAAAACCCUGCUGUUGUGUUUCCGACGUCGUCUAUGCCCGACUACGGUGGCGCAGACAGGGGCGGCGGCACAAAGUACAGAGACAAGGUAACAGCAGGCGUUGAGGCUGCUCCGAUAACCACAGGGCCAGGGGGGAGCAAAGUUGGUGGGGCUAGUGGCGGCAAUGGUAGUAGUGGCAGUGGUAGUGGUAGUGGUAGUGGUAGUGGCAGUGGUAGUAGUGGUGGUAGUAGUGGUGGUAGUGGUGGCGGGGUUGGUAGUGUUCCUGCGGUGCCCAUCACAGUAUCUCUCCGUCCAGGUGCUGUGACCCUGAACGACCAGGUCUACACGGAUAACCCAGUGCUCAAGACACAGAUCGCGCAGGUCGGCGGGCAAUGGUUUACCAUCGAGCCGACACGCGUGGUCGGCGCCGGUACCACCCUCAAGAGGCCGACAGCAAGUCCCGCGCCAGCGCCCACAACACCCAUAACGACCGUCGUCGGUGGUGCCCCGGUCGUAAUCAGCUCUGGCAUCGCGGUUGUCGAUGGCACAAGUUUCUCGCUCGACGGGCCGUCCACGACCAAGGUUAUUCAGGGCAAGACGAUAGCGAUCGGCGCUGGCAACGUUGACAUCACCGGCCCUACCGGAAGCACCCGUCUCGUCAGCCCGCCACGCCACACCGAGGUCGUGGUUGCGGGCGGCGAGGUCGUCACUGCCAUCGGCACCUCGGUGCUGGUGCUACGCGGCACGACCAUAACCUACGGGCCAUCGACGCCCAUGACCAAGAUGAACGUCCAGGGCGACGAAAUCACGGUCGGACCAUCGGGCGUCACCGUCCGCGACAAGGUAUUGGGCGGCGCGUCGGCCCGGGAGUCGGAGACGCAGUACGAGGUCGUCGGCGGCGCCACCAUCACCCAGGUUGGUCCCAGCGUCGUCAUCAUUGCCGGAUCCACCUACACCGUCGGGCCCGGCGCCGCCCAGACGACGGUCGUAAUGGGCGAGCAGACCGUCACGCUCGGACCCACCGGGGUCGCCGUCUCGACUAUGACCUUUGCCUUUCCGCUCGGCGAGAUUCCGACGGCCGUCACCAUCACCCCCGGAGCUACCGCCGCGGGCGUGGCAUCGGCCACCAGGACGGGUAGCCAGAGCAGCGGGGGCGGCGAAAGCAAAGGCGAGAAAGAUGCAGCCGCGGGCCUGAGGCCGUCAGGGGUGCUUUUCAGCAUUUCCUUAUUCUGCAUUGCGUCUAGCGUUUUGGUCUGGGUGCUGUAG